AUGGUAAGCUUCGUUGUGGUUUUGGUAAUCGUUUUGACAUCGUUGUUGGCGGUUGUUCCAGUGUCGGAGGCACAGCUCCGACGAGAUUUCUAUGCCGAUGUCUGCCCUAACGUCGAAAGCAUAGUUCGAAAAGCUGUAACUAAGAAGUUCAAACAAACAUUUGUCACUGUUCCUGCCACCCUUCGCCUCUUCUUCCACGAUUGCUUUGUUCAGGGAUGUGAUGCAUCAGUGAUGAUUGCUUCAGAUGGAAGUAACACGGCGGAGAAGGAUCACCCUGAUAAUCUUUCAUUAGCUGGCGAUGGAUUUGAUACCGUCAUCAAAGCCAAAGCGGCAAUCGACGCUGUGCCGGGAUGUAAAAAUAAAGUCUCAUGUGCUGAUAUUCUCGUGAUGGCUACUCGAGACGUCAUUUCACUGGCCAGAGGACCUUCCUAUGCAGUGGAGCUAGGAAGAAAGGAUGGGCUUGUUUCAAGGGCUUCAGAUGUGGAAGGAAAAUUGCCACAACCAACCUUUAAUCUCAAUCAACUUAAUGCCAUGUUUGCUGCCAAUGGUCUUUCUCAAACUGACAUGAUUGCUCUCUCUGCUGCGCACACCGUAGGAUUCUCCCACUGCAGCAAAUUUGCAAACAGAAUAUACAAUUUCAGCCGUACAAAUCCAGUUGAUCCAACACUGAACCCGACAUACGCAGCCAAGCUCCAAGCCAUGUGUCCCAAAGACGUGGAUCCAAGGAUAGCCAUAGAUAUGGAUCCAAACACUCCUAGAAGGUUUGACAAUAUGUAUUUCAAGAAUCUCCAGCAAGGAAUGGGCCUUUUCACUUCUGACCAAAUCCUCUUCACUGACCCAAGGUCCAAGUCCACUGUCAAGAUUUGGGCCCAUAGUGGACAAACCUUCUACAAGGCCUUCAUUGAUGCCAUGACCAAGUUGGGUCGGGUCGGAGUCAAGACCGGAUCCGAUGGCAACAUUCGCACCGACUGUGGCGUUUUUAACUCUUGA